AUGGAAAUCAGAACUACCUCCCCCAGCAUGGACAGCUACAACUGGACGUCGAUAUCUGAGAAUGGCACCCUGUCUUCCUCCCAGCCCUUCCCCAGCUACACCACUAACAAUUUCUCUGACGUGCCCGGACCAAUGCCCUUCAGCGUGGUAACCGCAGUCAUCUACACCAUCGUCUUCAUUGUGGGUUUUCUAGGUAACACGCUGGUCAUCUAUGUGGUGAUACGCUACGCCAAGAUGAAGACAGUAACAAACAUGUACAUCCUCAAUCUAGCCUUGGCGGAUGAACUAUACAUCCUGGGAAUCCCCUUCCUUGGCACAAAUAGUGCGCUUUCCUACUGGCCAUAUGGGGAUUUCUUCUGCAAGGUGUGCAUGACUGCUGACACCAUGAGCCAGUUCUCCUCCACCUUUUGCCUGACAGUGAUGAGCAUCGAUCGCUACCUUGCUGUGGUUUAUCCUAUUCGCAGUGCAAAAUGGCGGAAGCCACAGGUGGCCAAGGUCUUUAAUGGCAUGGUGUGGGUUGUGUCCUUCCUGAUUGUGCUGCCAGUCACCAUCUACUCGCAUGUACAGGAGGAGUUCAACACCUGUAACAUAAGCUGGCCUGAGCCACGUGAUUUGUGGUCCAUUGUCUUCAUCCUCUGCACAUCUAUCCUGGGUUUCUUUGUUCCCCUCUUUGUCAUCAGCCUCUGCUACCUGCUCAUUGUCAUCAAGGUGAGGUCAGCAGGUGUGCGUGCAGGCCUGACAAAGCGGCGGAAGUCGGAGCGUAAGGUGACACGCAUGGUGGUGAUCAUCGUGUUGGUGUUUGUACUUUGCUGGCUGCCCUUCUUCAUUACCAACAUUGUCAAUCUGAUUUAUAUCAUCCCUGAGAGUGAAACCAGCGCUACAGUCUACUUCUUCCUGGUCAUCCUUACCUAUGUCAACUCCUGCGCCAACCCAAUACUCUAUGGUUUCCUCUCUGACAACUUCAAGCAGAGCUUCCAGAAGGUGCUCUGCUUCCACAAACCAAAUGGUGUUGGCACUACAGACCAGAUGGGAGGUAGAAAGACUGCACCCAAGUCUCUCCAGAUGGAGGUUGUUGAGAACCUUGACAGUGAGCCUUUCACUUCAAAAAUAGCAGUGAAUGGCCAGUGA